ACCGGGAGAGAUCGGAGACCGGAAUCGACAGGACCCCCCCCCCCGAUUUAGUGUCUUUAUACCGGUUAGCAGUCCUGUAACGAAAAUGCAGAAAUCAGACUCAUUGAAAGUGGAUUCAGCUUCACUAAUAGAUUUAAAGGCAGAAUUAUUCAGAAAACAGGAAGAGUUCAGAGCUCAGAAGUUACAAAGUCAGAACUCUGGAUUUAUUAAAGGAAAACAUACAAUUUCAACAAAGAAGUCGAAUCUGUCAAGCAAGAAAAAUGCUGGUGUUUCACAGAGAGCAAAAAAAGAUUAUGAGGAGAAAGAAGAAGAGGAAAAUGUCUUUGAAAGAUCAAGAAAGGCCCUUGAGAAUAAAACUAAACUUUAUGAACAAAUAGCAAGGGGCAGUGGUAUUUCAGGUAAAUAAAUAUUCUUACAAUUUUUAGCUCACCUGUCACAAAGUGACAGGGUGAGCUUUUGUGAUCGCUUUUCGUCCGGCGUCCGUCCAUCUGUCGUCCCUCCGGCAUCCGUAAACUUUUACUUUAAAUGACAUCUCCUCAUAAACCACUAAGCCAAUUUCAUCCAGACUUCACAGGAAUGUUCCUUUGGUGGUCACCUUUGAAAAUUGUUCAAAGAAUUAAAUUCCAUGCAGAACUCUGGUUGCCAUGGCAACCAAAAGAAAAACUUUAAAUAUAAUCUUCUAAAAAACCCAAAGAGCUAGAGCUUAGAUAUUUGGCAUGAAACAUCUUCUAGUGAGUGUCUACCAAGUUUGUUCAAAUAAAAGCCCUGUGGUCAAAAUUGGCCCCGCCCCAGGGGGUCAUUGAUUUUCCCUAUAUGCAUAUAGUUAAAAGUUAAAAAAUCUACUUUUAAAGAACCCAAAAAGCUAGAGCUAAGAUAUUUAUCAUGAAACAUCUUCUACUGGGUGUCUACCAAGUUUGUUCAAAUAAAAGCCCUGGGGUCAAAAUUGGCCCCGCCCCAGGGGGUCAUUGAUUUUCCCUAUAUGCAUAUAGUAAAAACUUAAAAAAUCUUCUUUUAAAGAAACCAAAUAGCUAGAGUUUAGAUACUAAGCAUGAAACAUCUUCUAGUGAGUGUCUACCAAGCUUGUUCAAAUAAAAGCCCUGGGGUCAAAAUUGGCCCCGCCCCUGGGGUCAUUCAUUUUCCUUAUAUAUGUACAGUGGAGCCUUGCUAAUCCGAACCCUUCUAAUCCGGAAUCCUGUCUUAUCCGAAUGAAGUGUCCGGUCCCGAUUUUAUCCAUUCUAUUUUCUAUAGUAAAAAACCUCUCAGAUUCGGAACCGGUCUACUCCGAAUUCCGGACGAUUUUUUCAAAUUCUGUUCUUAUUUUACUAUAAAAUUAACCUCCCGGAUCCGAACAAAGUUUCCGAUUGUCACACCUACUUUCCGUACUUCCUUUCAAAAUAGAAUUCGCACAUUUUGCAGGUGUAAACAAACACCAAAGUGAUCACUAGAGUAAUGCCGCUUGAUUAGCGGGUGAAGCGUGUGAUCUGCGAAAGUGUGAAAAUUACACUUAGCUUGUUUAGAUAACAACUAUAAUUGCUUAAUUGAUUGAUUUUCGGCACGUUCCAAAUUAAAGGUUUGU